GGCGGCGGGGUGGAUGAUUGCAUGAGUAUCCUAAACAAACAUAUCCACAGUCCAAACUGCGAAUGAGUAGACCAUUGCAAUUGGCAUCAUACAAUAUCACCUCCUUCCUUACCCCUAUAUUCCCUUUCCCCCCUUUAUUCUCUCGUCGCCUCCCUCACUCCCUCCUCACCCUCAAUUCACUCUGUCUCAAAAGUUUUUCAGCUGUUUUAGCCAUGGAUUCAGCUAAACCUGCUCCAGAGAAGGAACUCCCACUGGGCUUAGAUGCAGCUACAGAAGAAGAAUAUGAAUCCCAGUCUAAAUUACUUAAAGAAUUCACCGAUAUUUCCACUAUUGACAAGGCAUGGAUUUUUCAGUCUAAUGGUGGAAUAGGCUCCCAGGCAAUGUUUUCAAUCAGCCAACCAAAUAUUUUGGCGAACAAGAAACGGAAAUUUAUGCUGUCAACAAAUAUUUCAGAAGAAAGUACCAAUAGAGUAAACUUCCAAUGGGCCCCAUUUCCUGUUGAGAUGACAGGGGUGUCUACAAUUGUUCCCUCACCAUCAGGCUCAAAGCUUCUUGUAAUUCGAAACUCUGGAAAUGAGUCUCCUUCUCAAUUUGAAAUAUGGAGCCCAUCUCAGUUGGAGAAGGAGUUCCAGAUCCCUCAGUCUGUUCAUGGCUCGGUGUAUAUUGAUGGAUGGUUUGAAGGGAUAUCUUGGAACUCAGAUGAAUCCCUUGUUGCUUAUGUUGCUGAGGAACCAUCUCCCUCCAAGCCUACUUUUGAUGAUCUAGGUUACAAGAAAGGUGGUUCAAAAGAUAAGGAUUGUGGCAGCUGGAAAGGUCAAGGAGAAUGGCAGGAAGGCUGGGGGGAAUCCUAUGCGGGAAAAAGGCAGCCUGCACUAUUUGUCAUGAGUGUUAACAGUGGCAAGGUGCAGCCUAUCAAAGGGAUACCAAAGUCUUUGAGUGCUGGCCAAGUUGUAUGGGCUCCAGCAGUGGAUGGCACACAUCAAGUUGUAGUUUUUGUUGGGUGGUCAGCGGAGCUGCGAAAGCUUGGUAUGAUAUACUGCUACAACAGACCUUGUGCAUUAUAUGCAGUUAAGGUGCCACUUUAUAAACCUGAAGCCAAUGAAUUUGAUCUUGACUCAACAGGAGACUUCACUGCAGUUAACUUAACGCAAAGCAUAAGCAGCGCAUUGUCUCCCCGAUUCAGUCCGGAUGGAAAGUACCUUGUGUUUAUAUCUGCAAAAAGCUCAGUGGAUUCUGGAGCACAUUGUGCAACUGAGUCACUUCACAAAAUUGAGUGGCCAGCUGAUGGAAAGAUAUCUUCAUCUCUAAAAGUCAUUGAUGUGAUUCCUGUUGUGAAUUCUCCUGAAGAUGGUCAGUUCCCAGGGCUUUACAAUUCAAGUUUUAUUAGCAAUCCAUGGCUUUCAGAUGGAUACACUAUGAUUUUCUCUUCCAUCUGGCAUAGCUGUCAAGUAUUACUUUCUGUCAAUGUGUCAAGUGGGGAAAUAUUACGCAUCAGUCCUUCUGACUCAAAUUUUUCAUGGGAACUUCUUAUGUUUGAUGGAGACAAUGUCAUUGCUGUGUGUAGCAGCCCAGUUGAUCUUCCUGAAAUCAAGUAUGGCUGUCUUGUUGAGAAAGCUACCUGGAGUUGGUCAAAUGUGUCAAGCCCCAUAUCCAAAUGCUCUGAGAAGGUUAAAUCUUUGCUUUCUUCUCGUCAGUUCAGUAUUCUGAAAAUUCCAGUCAGAGACGUUUCUGAUUGCUUAACAAAAGGAGCUGCCAAACCGUUUGAAGCUAUAUUUGUGUCUUCCAGUUCUAUGAAAAAUGAUGCACCUGAUCCACUGAUAGUGAUCAUUCAUGGAGGCCCACAUGCUGUCUCAUUGUCAAGCUUUUCAAAAACAUCAGCUUUUCUCUCUUCAAUUGGCUACAGCCUAUUAAUUGUAAAUUAUAGAGGCUCACUAGGAUUUGGUGAGGAAGCAUUGCAAUCUCUGCCAGGAAAUGUUGGUUCCCAGGAUGUCAGUGAUGUGCUCACAGCCAUAGAUCAUGUUAUUGACAAUGGACUUGCGAGCUCAUCUAAAAUAGCCGUUAUUGGCGGUUCUCAUGGUGGCUUUUUAACUACUCACUUGAUUGGGCAGGCACCAGAUAAAUUUGUGGCUGCAGUUGCGAGGAAUCCUGUUUGUAAUCUUGCGUCCAUGGUUGGUGUCACAGAUAUCCCUGAUUGGUGUUUUGUUGAAGCCUAUGGAAGCAAAGGAAAAAGUAUGUAUACAGAAGCAACAUUAGCUGAACACCUGUCUCACUUUUACAGCAAGUCUCCUAUAUCACACCUCUCAAAGGUCAAAACACCGACCCUGUUCCUUUUAGGUGCUCACGAUCUUCGUGUUCCAGUGUCCAAUGGAUUGCAGUAUGCAAGGGCAUUAAAGGAGAAAGGUGUUGAGACCAAAAUUAUUGUGUUCCCUAACGACAUUCAUCCAAUAGACAAGCCACAAUCGGAAUUUGAAAGCUUUCUUAAUAUUGGGGUAUGGUUCAAGAAAUAUUGCAAAUGAUCAAGUUGCUGAUUUGUUACAAGGUUGUGUCACAAUAAUUCAUGUAAAAUAAUCAAAAAAUGAAAUUCUCAAUCAUGUCAUGCAAUUAAGUCAUUGACUGUGCCACCAUGCUGGCUGAGAAAACUAUUCUGAGACAGAAUUCUGGACGAUGUUCAUGAAAUUUCGUUCUUGUAAUAUCAUUUCUUGAGAAUUUUAAUGUCUG